UGUUGUUUUUCCAAAACCGUAGAAAAGCACAUGUAGACAGUAAGAUAACUAUUCCAUCGACAGCCAGGAAUCCUUUAUAAUUUCCUAUUUUUUUGUGGUCCCUUCAACACAUCACUGGUGGGGCCCUCGGGGUCCUCUCAUCAGAGGCAGGUGUGCUACAUUAGUGGAGCAGGAAGACGCCGGAGAGGACGCAGUCUUCAACCGCCGUGUGUUUGGUUAAAUCUUCGUUUUAUUGUUUGAUAAAUUCGUUUAUUGAUUUGAGCUUUGUUUUCGUAAACGCCUCUUUAUUUUGGGGUAAUGUUUUUUUUUUGUUUGUUUCGUUUGAACACAAUCGGACAAAUCAGUUGAGCGUCACACCGCGACUCUCCUCAUAUCGAUGGACAUCCUGGAUCAUCUCACAGAUUCCUGUGCUGUCUCCCCAUGGCUACAUCGGAUGGACUAGACGGCUGUCUGCAACGAGGCAGAUCUCAAAGUGACCCGAACAUACUCACCGAACCGGGCAUCGAUUUGGCUCAUGGCACAGUAGAGUUGGUGGACCAGCAGAGGGUGCUGAGGACUGGCUGCCUGGUGACGGGGGUCCAUACUCCACCCAUCCGACGCAACAGCAAGCUGGCCACCCUGGGGCGCAUCUUCAAGCCCUGGAAGUGGAGGAAAAAGAAAAAUGAGAAGCUCAAGCAGAGUUCCACAGAUGUAGCAUUAUCCAGCAGUCUUCUAUGCCAUGACCCGAACUCCCCCACCCAGGGCUGCUGCUCAGACGGUGCAGUCCUUCUCGGAGGAUUCGGGGGACCUUUGAAUCCAAACCUCACAGUUAGCAGUGUGGAAUACCUUGGUCCUGAGGAGGAUCUCCCCCCUCCAGUAGCUGCCCCUCCUCAGGACUGUGAACGGGUAGAGGAGAAUGUACUACUACCGGAAGAGGAGGGAGGAGAGGAGGCGCACCCUGACGGGGAAAUACCUGAGGGGCUGCAGGACGUGGGCGAGCAGAUGGAAGAAAGACCAGAGGAGGAGAUUCCUCCUGGAACAUCCCCACCACAAGUACCUCCAAAACUUUUGCCCCAGCUGAGUGCUGGAGAUGAUUCAGGCCCUGUAUCGCUCCCCACUCACCUGCCCAACUCCUACCUCCCCAAGGAGCCUCCACCCAGGGCCACAGAAAGCAUGGCUUCAAUGACCCUGCCGCUACGAGGGCCUCUGGCCAACACCUCAGGGUCCCCACAUAUAGGCAAUAUGAUGCAUCCUCCCAUGCCCCCCAGCUGCAUUAUGGAGGAGCUGCAGAGAGCCUUCGCUUCCAAGAACAGACAGGAGAGUGUCCAUGAAGGGUGUGAGCAGGGCUCACCUCCAAGGCUGUGGUGUUCAGAUGGACGGCUCUCUCGCUCCUGCAGCUCUGAGAACCAACACACGUCGUCUUUUGGGGGCGGCUGUGUUGGAGUUGGAGGGUCUGACUGGCCCAAGAAGGAGGCGGAGGAGAAUAAGGAGAACGUGCGGCUGGACCAGUGCUUCUCCAACACCUCAGGCCUCCCCACCGACUUGGACGGCUGGAAUGACUCCGUUAUCUCUGGCACACUUCCUCGCAGGCUAAGGAAGGAGUUGCUGGCUGUCAAACUACGAAACAGGCCCAGCAAGCAGGAGUUGGAAGACAGGAAUAUCUUUCCAGCCAGGAGCGACCAGGAACGCCAGGAAAUUCGCCAGCAGAUUGAAAUGAAACUUGCCAAGAGGCUGAGCCAGAGACCUAAUGUGGAGGAGCUGGAGAGUCGGAACAUCUUGAAACAGAGAAACGAUCAAACAGAGCAAGAGGAGAGGAGGGAGAUCAAACAGCGGCUAAACAGAAAGCUCAACCAACGGCCCACAGUAGACGAACUACGAGACAGAAAGAUUCUGAUCCGCUUCAGCGACUAUGUGGAGGUGGCCAAAGCUCAGGACUAUGACAGGAGAGCAGACAAGCCCUGGACUCGGCUCUCGGCAGCUGACAAGGCUGCAAUCCGAAAAGAGCUCAACGAGUUCAAAAGCACCGAGAUGGAAGUGCAUGCCUCAAGCAAACACCUAACGAGGUUCCACCGGCCGUGAAAGCGGGGAGUUUCUUCUGUGAAGAAAUGCUGAGCCUGGAAAUUUUUUCUGAAGCUGCUUAGCGGUGGACAGUUCAAAGAGCCUGGAGCCUUUUCGUCUUCAGCGUGUCUUUAACAUUCUUCCAGCACCCUCGACUAUCAUAUCAUCUGUAUGAGUGCAGGGGGUGUGGGAGAGAAGAUGACGGUAAUGUUUGCGACAGUGUGUCCUGGAGACCACUGAACGUCGCCAUGUGGGAGCUGGCUGCUGGAAGGGGACUCUGGUGGAGCCUCUGACUCUCAGGAUGAGAGCGGAGGACAAAAACAAUCUUGUCAUUCAGUCAGUGUUGAUUUUUUUGUACUAUUUCAUGGACUCCUUUGACAAGGCGGUGUGAAUCCGUGUAGUGGGAAGAAGUUGUGCAUGUGACCAGCUUCACCUUUUCUUAACUGAUGAAUAAUGUGUCACUUGGACUGUGUAACGACUGUGCAGUCUAGGGGAGGUGGUAUUGGGGAUGAAUUUGAUAUUAACUGUACAUACAGUAUGUCAAUCUGAAUGGGACCGUCAAUGUCUUCACUGAAAAGAGAAAUACCUUUGUAAGCACUACUUGUCUUCAAAAUAGAAGGUCUUUUUUUUAA